CUAUGUUUACAUCCUAUUUCAACAAAAAAUUUUUUUUGGAGGAAAUGCAAACACCGGACAUGUAGAUUUGCUCAAGAAUCAAAAACUUCCCUUCCCUUACGGCCUUACCUCCUCCACCGUCUCCCGCAACCUCUUCUUCAAAAUUCUGUUCCUACCGUCUCGUUCAUCUCCGUUCUCGAUCUCUUUGUGGCAGUUACAGUCCUUACGUCUCGAGAAUUCGGUGUGGCUCUAUGCUGCUUGAGAAUCGCCCCGUCAUAAUGCGUAUGGGGAUGAGAGCUUACAGUUCAACUCCCUCAGUAGCUGAAAAACCAGAUCCAGUGAAAACCAUAUGCAAAAUAAUGAUGUCGUCCACUGCCGUGACUCUGGAUACCGCCCUGGAGCAGAGCGGGGUUAGGGUUUCUCCCGAAGUAGUCGAAGAUGUGCUCAAGAGAUUCGAGAAUGCGGGCAUGAUCGCGUUUCGGUUUUUCGAAUGGGCGGAGAAGCAAAGGCACUAUGAACACAGUGUUCGGGUUUACCAUACCAUGAUAGAGUCUCUUUCCAAGAUAAGGCAAUACAGGGUGAUGUGGGAUGUCGUGAAUGCCAUGAAGAGCAAGAGGAUGUUGAAUGUCGAGACCUUCUGUAUUAUCAUGAGGAAGUAUGCUAGGGCUCAAAAGGUGGAGGAAGCCGUGUAUGCGUUCAAUGUAAUGGAGAAAUAUGAUGUGCCCAAGAACUUGGCAGCUUUCAAUGGCUUGCUCAGUGCUUUCUGCAAGUCCAAGAAUGUGAGGAAAGCCCAGGAGUUGUUUGAUAGUAUGAAGGAAAAGUUUGUCCCUGAUUCGAAAACUUAUAGCAUAUUGUUGGAGGGAUGGGGGAGAGCUCCAAAUCUCCCCAAGGCGAGGGAGAUUUUCAGAGAAAUGGUUGACAACGGUUGUAACCCUGAUGUUGUCACAUAUGGGAUCAUGGUCAAUCUUCUCUGCAAGUCUGGGAGGAUUGAUGAAGCUUUAGUAAUUGUCAGAGAGAUGAAUGAUAUGGGUUGUAAGCCGACACCUUUCAUUUAUAGCGUUCUGGUUCAUACUUAUGGCACAGAAGGACGGAUCGAAGAUGCUGUUGAUACAUUCCUCGAGAUGGAAAAGGAAGGUAUAUAUCCUGAUGUUCCAGUGUACAAUGCUUUAAUUGGAGCAUUCUGCAAGGUUAACAAACACAAGAACGUGUACAGGGUUCUAAGGGAGAUGGACUCUAAGGGUGUCUCAUGUAAUUCAAGAACUUAUAACAUUAUUAUAAACAGCUUGAUUGACUGUGGGAAGACGGAUGAAGCGUUUACUGUUUUCCGCAGCAUGAUCAAGGUGUGUGACCCAGAUGCAGACACAUACACAAUGAUGAUAAAGAUGUUCUGUGAGAGAAAGAACCUGGAGAUGGCUUUCAAAGUCUGGAAGUACAUGAAGGUAUCACUUAACAAGUUGAGAAAGACACUGUUGGAAGUAAUUUAUGAAGCCUCCAAGGAGGAGUUGGGCAGCUUGAAAGGGUCUGCAAUGGAUGAGAAAUAUCAGAUAUGGAAGCGAGUUCCAUUCUCGUACUGUUUGUGCUUCAGAAAGCAUACACGAUGAUGGACAAGGUUCGACAAUUAUCGUACUUAAAUCAUGAGAAGAUGGAUGAAUAAUGAGUAUAUUGUGUAUGGCUUUCAUCUAUCUUUGGAUCCUCUCCAAGUUUACACUUUCACGUAUUUGUACUAUCUUUGCUCGGUUGGUUCUGAGUAUUUAGUAUUCUGGCUGCAAUUCGUGUAAGACAACAUUCUAAAGGAUCUAUUUCGUUAUUGAUUGAAGCUCAACAUGCAC